GAUUGCGAAAUGUCAAAUUGGUACAAAUGAUUUCAUUGAUGUAUAUGUGUUUUAUUUAUUUUCGUAAUUUUAUAUAGGUAAUAUUAUUUCAUAUUUUGUAUUCUUAUCAAAGCAGAAAAAUUAGUUUGUUUCCAAGAACUGUUUUGCAACACGGGAUAAGAGUGAACUUACCUUAAGAAAAUGGAAGAUAUAUUUCAGUGGUGCAGGGAAGGAAAUGCUCUUCAAGUGAGAGUUUGGCUGGAUGAUACUGAACAUGAUAUGAAUCAGGGUGAUGACCAUGGCUUCAGUCCACUCCAUUGGGCCUGCAAAGAGGGCCACCUCAAGAUUGUGGAGAUGCUAAUCAGACGCGGGGCUCGCAUCAACGUCACCAACAUGGGGGAUGACACGCCACUGCACUUGGCAGCUGCACAUGGGCAUAGACCCAUUGUGCAGUUGCUGCUACAAAACAGAGUGGACGUGAACUUCACAAACGAACACGGCAACUCUCCUCUGCACUAUGCUUGUUUCUGGGGAUACAACACAAUCGCAGACGACCUCGUGCAAGCCGGAGCUCUGGUUGCACUCGCCAAUAAAGAUGGUGACACACCGCUGGACAAGACUAGGGGGCAACUUGUGCAGAGACUUCACGAGAUGGCGAUCAACCAAGGCCAAGACCUGAAGAAGAUCCAGUUCAAAGACCAGUCGUGGCUCGGCAUGAAGACGAGGAGCCGUGACGCGACCCUCUCCAGACACAAGGGCAUCAACAUCAACGAACUUGCUCUGCAUACUUUAAUGGCCACCACUCCUUCAGGCGAGACCUGGCACGGCAAAUGGCAGAAGAACGACAUCGUAGCCAAGAUACUGGCCGUGCGCGAGUGCACGCCGCGCAUACAGCGGGACUUCAAUGAGGAGUUCCCCAAACUGAGAAUAUUCUCGCAUCCCAACAUCUUGCCUGUGGUGGGUUGCUGCGUGUCCCCCCCAUCGCUAGUCGUGAUAUCGCAGUACAUGCCGUGGGGUUCCCUCUACGAGUUGCUGCACGGAUCAGGCGGCCGCAGGGUUGUGGUCGACGCGGCUGCGGCUAUCAAUAUAGCUCAUCACGUGGCUUGCGGCAUGGCGUACCUGCAUUCACUACAGAGGGAUAGGGAUCAUCAACUGCCCACUUAUUAUCUAAAUAGCAAGCAUAUCAUGAUUGACGAGGAUAUGACAGCGCGCAUCAACAUGGCGGACGCGAAGUUCUCGUUCCAGGAGCGCGGGCGCCUGUACCGGCCCGCGUGGGCGGCGCCCGAGGCGCUGCUGAAGCCCGCCGCCAAGCGGAACUGGGAGGCGGCCGACAUGUGGAGCUUCGCCAUACUGCUGUGGGAGCUGGCCACUAGACAGGUGCCGUUCGCCGACCUGUCGCCAAUGGAAUGUGGCAUGAAGAUAGCUCUAGAAGGCCUCCGUAUCACGAUCCCACCGGGAGUGUCCCCACACAUCUCCAAACUGAUCAAGAUCUGCAUGAACGAAGACCCCGGGAAACGACCCUCUUUCGAAAUGAUACUGCCCAUUUUGGAGAAGAUGAAGAAGCAGUAAGUUAACAAUAACGAAAAAAAACUUUCAUCUGACCCUAAAUUAAAAAAACAGACAGAGAAAGCUAUAGACACCGUCAUAUAUUUAGUUUUGCUUGUACUAGAAAAAGAAAUGCGAGAAAUACACGAGAAAAUACGUGGGAUAUUCUAUCUCAUUUGGCUACGCUAGCUCGUUGCCCUUGGUUUUCUUUGUCUUUACAUCGUCAUAUCUUCCUGUUCGGUCACACAAGAACUUCGUAAAGAGAAACGGGACAAAGAGUUAUUUUUUUUAUUUUUUUUAAAAGCAAAUCGUGCGUCUUCUUUUAUGAGGGCACCCGCCGAGUAGGCGUAUUGGAUAGUUCUAUCUCAUGUAGCUAUGCUAAUCUCGUCUCGUAUUAUAGUUUUCAUUGUCAUUUGUCAUUUCAUGAGUUUGUUGUCAAUUUUAAGUUCAUAGAUGAAACGUUAAUAUUUAAAAAAAUAAUUUUGGGUGUUGAGAUUCUUGUCUGGAUAUGGAUUGUGUAACGUUGUUGCUUUGAUAUCCUAGAACCAUUCUGAAAAGGAUUACAGAUUAAUUAAAAAAGAUAAAUGGUGUGACCAUUAAACAACUACAGAAGUAAAUCAACAUAAUAUAAAACUUCUAUAUGGAAACUAAAUUAAGUACAAUUUUAUUAAAAUAAAACAACACGCACUCAAGUUUUCUUAUUUUUUAGGAAAAUAUUCGUGAGACUUAUGAGCUUUUUAAUUGCGCAUUCAGUUUCUUCUAAAAAAUGCCCUAAGGGUGUUCAACGCGUAAGAAAAUAAUAUAUAUAUUUUAAUAAUGAUUGCAAAAUGUAGUGCCAAUUACUGCACCUAAUGAAAAAUCUUUAUUUUAUAGAGAUUUACUAAAAAAAUACUAUUAAAUAUAUAUUUAACUUUUACAGUGCCAUGAUCACAAUAUGUUUAAGGUAUGGUCAUAUUUUUUGCAAUGGCAAUCAUGAAUUUCGUAUCACCGUAGAAAUAGACAAAAAUACACGCACAUAGAUUCACCCAGAUUUGGUUUUCAAUAGUAGCUGUUAUUUACAUGCUAUAAUAAUUAUUAUUAAGACACGAUAUUUAUCGUUACUAGAACCAGCAAUAAGUAGUAAUGAUUGCCAUAGUAAAUAGUGUGAUAUGGAUGGACGAAAGUUGGGUUGAUGAAAUGUACAAGAUACAUUAUUAACUGCCAGUAUUUAAUGUUGUAUAGUAUGUAGGUUGUGUUCUCAUGUUUGCUAGAUAGUUUAACCAUAGACAAAUAAGAUUAAUCGAGUAAUCGGUGCUAAGAAACUUAAAACUAACAGACGAAAGUAUAACGAUAAAAUAGCGAUAUUUUUAUUAACUUCUAAAUUUAUUUUUAAUUUUAAUUAUGUAAAAGCAAUACGAAUUAAACUUUCAAUUUGUUUUUGGAGUAUAAAAAUCGUGCUAAUUCUGUUUUUUCGACAACUACCAAUUUUUUUUUUCAACGAAUGGUUUAAAUAGUACUUUUUUUAUGUUAUUUUAAUUGAAUAAUUGAUUGGUGUAAAAACUUCUGUCCCUUUUUUACUUCCAAAUAGUCCCUAGUUACGAAUCUCCUUAGUGUAGAUGUACUUAUUGUACGAUUUGUUGUGUUUAUAUUUAUUUUUCUGCGUGUAUUGAGAUGUCUAGCCGUCAAAGGCGAUAAACUAAAAGGGGGCAGAAGUUAAACCAAGGUUUUUGGAAUUGAAGAAUGUUUAAUUGAUAAUUUUACUCUACGGUACAUAAAGAUUUUAUUUUGCUUUUGCAGCGAUUUGUUGCCUCCGUACAUUGUGCCUUACAGAAUUUUUUAAUGCCUUAUACAAGAUAUAACAAAUUUUACUUACUAUAGAUUUAUUAUAUAUAUUUUUUAUGUUACAACUUUCAUAAAGUUGUUAAUGUACUAACAUUUUUGUAAUAAAUAUUUACCACGUA